CUUCUUAAAUAUUUGAACACUCUACUGGAGUAUAAGAAUAUUGACAAACCAUUGCAAAUAAGCUGGCUUAAGGACAUGACAUGAAUGACUGUCAGAGUCUAUAUAGAUAAGUUGAAGAAAUGGAGCCAGAGGAUGAGUUCCUGUAUAAAUACAAAGGACUCUAUUUUGUAACUGAUUCGUCCUCACCUGAAACUUUAGAUUCCCUGGACAGUUUUGAAAUCCGAGAUGAUGAUAUAUUUGUAAUCACAUAUCCUAAAUCUGGAACAAUAUGGACUCAGAAUAUUGUCAGCUUGAUUACUUAUGAAGGUCACCGAGAUGGAACUGAAAAUAUUACCCUAAUUGACCGAGCACCAUUUCUGGAGUAUAAUGUAUUCCAUGUAGAUUUACCUAGUCGCCCAUCACCUCGUGUCAUUUGUUCCCAUCUGCCCUACUAUUUGGUACCCAAAGGAUUACGAAAAAGAAGAGCAAAAAUUAUUUAUGUAUUUAGAAAUCCAAAGGAUGUCUUGAUUUCUAGCUACCAUUUUCACAAAGUAGCAAUCCAAAUAGAAACCCCAAAAGACUUCAAUAUAUUUUUUGAGAAGUUUUUGGCUGGCAAAGUGGUUUGUAGUUCAUGGCUAGACCAUGUAGAAGGCUGGUCUGCUCAUAAGGGUGAUUUCAAUAUUCUCUUCCUGUCUUAUGAAGAAAUGAAAAAGGAUCUGAGAAGUUCUGUACUGAAAAUAUGCAAAUUCCUAGGAAGGGAAUUAACUGAAAAGGAGGUGGAUGAGGUGGUGUAUAAAGCUACAUUUGAUAACAUGAAGGUGGAUUCUAGAGCAAACUACACAUUAUUGCCUCCUGGGAUUCUAGAUUUCAGCAAAGGAAACUUUCUUCGCAAAGGCACUAUUGGGGACUGGAAGAACCACAUGACUGUUGCCCAGAGUGAAAGGUUUGACCGUGUCUUUAAGGAGAGGAUGGAAAAGCUGCCCUUCAAGUUUUGCUGGGAUAUUCAGGAGGAUCCUGAGCCUAUUUCCAGCUUAGUGGAUGAAAAUAAUGUGUAAUAUAAACAUUCAAAUGGCUUGAAUCAGAGAUGACCUUCCAAGAAUGGUCUUUAUGUAAUUGUAAUUUUCAAUUCUCAACUCUGCAGGGACUAUAGGUCAGAGUAACAUUAAAUUCUGCAUUAUUUUUUAAAAAUUGUACAACAUUUGUUCAUUGAUUUAGAUUUUCAUAGCUACCUGAGCAGUGUUGGGUUUCAAUUUUUUCUCUACCGGUUCAGUGGCUGUGGCUUGGUGGAGGGCUUCAUGUGACUGAGUGGGAGUACGGCAAGUUGGGGCGACACCAUUCCACCAGCCACACCCACCCAAACCACGCUCACAAGAACCCAUUGAAAAGUUUGGCCAAGUCUUCUAGUGUUCAACCUGGCUGCUUCUUGCCUCCUUCUCAUGUUUGCUCUGUGUGCCUGAGCCCAAGAAGGAGAAAAGCAGUCAUGUUGCAUGCUGCGGCAGAGAGAAGCCAAAGUUUUCUGCCUCCCUUCGCAGUGGAGGUACUUGGAAGGCAGCUCCUGUGGCUUCCUGUCCCUUUAUGGUCCCUCCUUUACCCUGUGUUAAAGUACCUUAAAGACAGAAGCAGCUCCACUGGGAUGUUCUAGGGCUGCUGGGACACAUAACAGGCCAUUCCCCUGACCGGGUCCGGUGGGCAGCUGUGCGCAGCACUGGCAGGCAAUGGGGCAUGGCCAGUGCAAACAGGGCAGCGAUGGUGGCGAUGGUCACAGGCAACACAUUGCAUACCGGUGCCACUUGUGCCAGGCUAUCAGACAUGGCCAGGGGAAAGUGGCCAACAGGCAGGCAGGGUGGGGCAAGUGAGCAGCAGACAGGCGGGUGAGGCAAGCAACCACUAAGAAAAAAUAUGACACCAACAAAUCCAAAAUCAACAUAUUAGCAACAGCUAGACCUAUUUAUUGUAUUUGCCGCUUCCCUGAAAAUAUAUAUUGCUUGAUAUAUCAUCUUAGCCCAACUCCUAAAGAGAAAAUCAAGUUUUUAGA